AUGCUCACGCAUCCACAAAUCUAUAUCAUUCCACCAAAAAAACGUUCAAACGCACCAUUAAUAAAAUACCAGUCUGUCGAGAAUGUAACAUCAAACUCGACACCAAGUACGCCAGCUACAUUCAACAAACAUGAUACAAAACUGGGCAUUAAUGUUAUACCAGCUGUUCGUAUCAGUCCGCCAGCUGCUAUUGAGAAUCCCUUGGACUGGGAUGAUGGUUUAUUUGACAAUGAUAAACGAUUCGGACGAUAUAGACGAUCGUUCAUUCAUAGACGCAGUACUAAUCAGAAUGAAAUGUUACGCCGACCGUCAACAACGGCUGCUGUUGUUGUAGCUGCACCUCUUUUAGAUAAUACAUCAGCAGCAGCAGCAGCAGGAACUGCAAGUGGGACUCCUGAAUACGCAACAUCUAAACGGGAAAGUACUCUUGAUAGAGAAUGUGGACAAACUUUGUUACAUUUGGCAGCAAAAUUAGGUCACGAAGAUAUUGUAAGAAUGUUGAUAUGUGAAACAUCAUAUGCUAGUUCAUUAAUUAACAACAAAGGGCAAACACCAUUACUAUGUGCAAUAGAAGCUGGUAGUACAUCGACGGCAACACUACUCAUGGAACAAGAUCCAAUUUCAUUAACUAUUAAAGAUGAUAGUGAUUCUUCGGUGUUCCAUUAUGCAGCUGAGCAAUGUAAUGAUAUUGUCUUGUCAAGAGCAAUCGCAUUAUUAAAACGUUUAUCAUCAAGUAAUGCAAGACUAACGGCAUUACAACGAUUAGUGGAAAAAAAUCAAAGUGGAAAAACGGCAUUUGUGAUUGCUAUUGAAAAAGGAAGUCUAAAAUGUGUUAAAUACAUGCUAAGUUCAAAAUGGUUACACCGUAAUGUUGAUAUAAGUGAUUUUAUUAAUGCUGACUCAUUGAAGACAACAGUCGAUAAAAAUCAAUUAGAUAUCGUCUCAUUUUUUGUUUCUGAUACUAAACGUUUUUCGGCGGUUAUUCAAAUUCAAAUUGAUGUUAAUGGACGAGGAUACAAUGUAUUGGAAUAUGCAAUUGCAUUGAAAAAAAGUGAUUUUGUGAGAGUAUUUAUUAGUGUAAGAAUACCACCAGAAGAACGAGAAGUAUAUCGAUUGUAUAAAAACUUUUUAAGACAUUAUAAUUUUGCAUACAGUGGAUCAUCGUAUGAUCAAACGCCAAUACAACGAAUGUUAACCAUGGCUGAGAUGGUACCGUUAGUGCCUGUUUUAUUAGAACAAUUUGUUGGUGAAGAUGGUAUUGAUCUUUCUGUAAUAGAUGAUUGUCUUCGUGCUCGACCAUCGGCUCAUAAAUGUAUAUUCGGUCGUUCAAAACGUUUUUCAUCGACAAAUUGGUUGAAACAACAUCCACUAUCAUUGAUAGCUGAAGCAAAUCAUGCACCCGUUUACGAUCAUGAUGUUGUGAAAAUGUGUGUUGAUUUAAAGUUUCAAUUAUUCGGAAAUUUUCUUUAUUUCUUAAUUUUGUGUGCACAAAUAUUUUUUGUCACACUUUAUACCAGUGUUGCACUUAUCUCACCAACUCCACAUAAACCUGGUUUUACCUAUUAUGAUAUGGCAAAUACAAGUUGUAAGCAAAUGUGUUGGAAUAUGCGCAAUGAUCAAACAGAUCCGUUACAAUCAAAUAUACUAUUACAAAUUGUCCGUAUGAUGCUACUAUUAGCAUCGUGUUUAGCUUUGUUGAAAGAAUUUUCUCAAUUGCUUAAUCAACGUGAAAAAUAUUUUCGUGGUUUUUUCGUCAAUGUUUUGGAAUUACAUACAUAUGUGUGUGCCAUUAUAUUUGCUGUUGAUAUCAAUGAUUGUACGAGAAAAACCGGUUUAAGAUGUAAAUUUCAAUGGGAAGCCGGUGCAUUGGGGAUCGGUACAGCAUGGACACUAUUAUUGUUGGUAUUUAUGAAUGCAUUGAAAAUAGGCAAAUAUGGAUUAUUGUUCGUUAGCGUAUUUUUAACAUUUUUAAAAUUUUGUCUAAUUUAUAAACCACAGUUUACGAAUAUCUUGUAUACCAUACCAAAGACAUUGGCGAUGUUAACGGGAGAAUAUGAUUUUGACGAUCUAUUUUUUCCACAAGGAAAAUUCUUGCAAGGAUCAGAAGCGGCUAUGGUGUUGUACAGUACAUUUGUGUUUACAAUGAAUAUUGUCAUCAUGAACAUUAUGGUUGGUUUAGCUGUGAGCGAUGUAAAACGUUUUCGUCUGAAUGCUAAACGUGAACAUUUACGUGCACGAAUUGAAACAUGUUUAGGUUUACAAGCAAAAUUCGGUCUGUUAUGUGAAUCAUGUUCAAAACUUGUUCUAUCAUUAUCAAAACGUUCAUUAUUUCCAAAUAUAAAUCAACGCAUAACGCAAUUACAUGGUCUCAAAAAAUAUCAUUUAUGGAAAUUAGAAUUGAAGAUCAAUAAAAUUGAUUUACCAACAUUGACUACUGUGCAUGUGACGAACUCAAAUAACACUAGUCAAAAUAAACAUCAAAAACAUCGAGUAGAACAAAUCACAUGCGAAGUUGGUUAUUAUCGUCAUCAUAUUGAUCGUGGCGGUGAACCAUUGUUACAAGACAGUGAAAAUGUUCGUCUAAUGCGAAAAACAGAUGAAUUACGUGAAGUAUUAGAAAAAGCUCAUUUAAGAAUUCAUCAUGAAUUUAGAAAAUUGACUAUUGCAUUACAAACAGAUUUUGAUGAAAUUAAGCGAAAACUAUUAGAAACUUAA